GAAAUGAAUAUCCCUGAUUGGUGAAGACUAAGCCAAGUCAAAGUCUUCCAUUUCCCACACCAUUCUCAUCACUACAAAUCACUACAAACUCUCAAUUUCCACACACAAAACCAAAACACCUUACAAAUGCAUCCAACAACACAUUCAAACAAACAACCUCAAACAUGUUCCACUUUCUAUUCUUAACCUUUCUCAUCUUCACCGCCGUCGUCACCGCCGUCAACCCUGGCUCCACUCUCUCCGCUUCCGACACCAACCAAUCAUGGUCCUCCCCAUCUUCCACUUUCUCCCUCCGCUUCGUCCCCGUCGAUCCCCCAACCUCCCCUCCCACCUUCCUCGCCGCCAUCGUCUACUCCGGCGGAGCUCCCACCGUCUGGACAGCCAGUAACUCCAACUCCAGCUCCAUCCCCGUCGACUCCGCUGGUUCCCUCCAGUUCCUAACCAACGGCCUCCUCCGUCUCGUCAACGGUUCCGGCUCCACCGUCUGGGACUCCGGAACCGCCAACCGCAACGCAAAGUCAGCCUCAGUUGAAGAAAGUGGCAGAUUGGUGAUCUCGAAUGGAACGGCUGAUAUUUGGUCUAGCUUUGAUCAUCUUACCGAUACGCUUUUGCCUUCUCAGAAUUUCAGUGUUGGUAUGGCUUUGAAAUCUGGUUCUUAUUCGUUUAAUUUAUCCAACAUUGGGAAUAUGAGUUUGUUUUGGAAUAAUAGUGUAGACUUUUGGACUCUAGGGUUGAAUUCUACUGUGAAACAGAAUUUGAGUUCACCUGUUUUGAGUUUAACAUCUAUUGGGAUUCUGCAACUUUCUGAUGUGAAUUUUAGUACUCCUGUUGUUUUUGCUUAUAGUAGUGACUAUGCUGAUGCUGGUAGUGGUGGGAGUGAUGUUCUUAGGAUUUUGAAAUUGGAUAGUGAUGGGAAUUUGAGGAUUUAUAGUACUUCUAGAGGUAGUUCGAAUCCGAUUGUUAGAUGGUCUGCUGUUCAAGAUCAGUGUCAGGUUUAUGCUUACUGUGGGAACUAUGGUAUAUGUAGUUAUAAUAAUACGAAUCCGAUUUGUGGGUGUCCCUCGCGGAAUUUUGAGAUGGUUAGCGGUGUUAGGCAAGGGUGUAGGAGGAAAGUGAGCCUUGGUAGUUGUCGAGGGAAUGAAACUAUGUUGACGUUGGAUCAUACUCAGUUGUUGACUUAUCCGCCUGAUACUCAGUCGCAGGCGUUUUUUAUUGGUAUAUCGGCGUGUAGAGGAAAUUGUCUUUCGGGUUCGGGUGCUUGUUUUGCUUCUACUUCUAUGUCGGAUGGAACGGGACAGUGUUAUAUUAAGUCGGAGGAUUUUGUGAGUGGUUAUCAAAGUCCAGCGUUACCUAGUACUUCUUAUGUCAAGGUUUGUCCGCCUUUGGAUCCGAAUCCACCGCCGUCUUCAGGGGAGACGGUGAAGGAAAAGAGUUCGAGAGUACAGGCGUGGAUUGUUGUGGCUGUUGUUUUGGGAACUCUUUUAGGAGUGGUUGCUAUUGAAGGUUGUUUUUGGUUUUGUUGUUGUAGAAAAACUUCAAGGUUUGGUGUAUUGUCGGCUCAGUAUGCUCUUCUUGAGUAUGCUUCUGGUGCGCCGGUUCAGUUCACGUACAAGGAGCUUCAGCGCUCGACAAAAGGGUUCAAGGAGAAGCUUGGAGCGGGUGGAUUUGGGGCAGUGUAUAGAGGAGUUCUUGUUAACAAAACUGUAGUUGCGGUGAAACAGCUCGAAGGAAUUGAACAAGGUGAGAAACAGUUUAGGAUGGAAGUUGCAACUAUAAGCAGUACUCAUCAUCUUAAUUUGGUGAGACUUAUUGGUUUUUGCUCGGAAGGGCGCCACCGGCUUUUAGUGUACGAGUUCAUGAAAAACAGUUCACUGGAUAAUUUUUUGUUCUUGAAAGAAGAGCAAUCGGGGAAACAGUUGAAUUGGGAGUAUCGGUUCAAUAUCGCGCUUGGCACUGCAAGAGGAAUCACAUACCUUCAUGAGGAGUGCCGCGACUGCAUAGUCCACUGUGAUAUCAAACCUGAAAACAUUCUCUUGGACGAUAAUUACGUCGCCAAAGUCUCUGAUUUCGGUCUUGCAAAGCUCGUGAAUCCGAAAGACCAUAGACACAGAACCUUGACAAGCGUGCGGGGAACAAGAGGAUAUUUAGCCCCUGAGUGGAUUGCAAAUCUUCCUGUAACAUCUAAAUCCGAUGUUUACAGCUACGGCAUGGUUUUGUUAGAGAUUGUGAGCGGAAGGCGGAACUUUGAUGUUUCCGAUGAAACAAAUCGGAAGAAGUUCUCUAUUUGGGCCUAUGAAGAGUUUGAGAAAGGCAACAUCAAAGGGAUUUUGGAUAAAAGACUUGCAGAUAUAGAAAUCGAUAUGGAGCAAGUUAUGAGAGCGAUCAAGGUAUGCUUUUGGUGCAUCCAAGAGCAACCGUCACAAAGACCUAUGAUGAGCAAAGUUGUUCAAAUGCUAGAAGGUGUAAAAGAAAUUGAGAAGCCACCUCCUCCUAAAUUUGUUGCCGAAGGACCUGUUAGCGGAACCAGCACCUACAUUAGUAGCAACGUUAGCGCGUUGUCCACAAUUGGAGCCUCGCCAAAUGUUCCUUCAUCAUCAUCUUCAAUUCAAACUAGUGGUGUUUCAAACUUUGCCUCGGGAAGAAACCCCGAGAAGGCAACUUCAUCCCUUUUACAGUCAGACCUAUGAAUUUGGAUUCACUACUGUUUCCAAAGUCAUUCAUUUGUGCAGUUACCGUAAAAUCAAAUAUCUGUUUGAAAUCUGGAUCCUCUGAUCUUGAUCUAACGGUCACCGACGUGGCGAUUGUGUGAAUGCGAGAUUUUGGCAAUCUGGAUUGCAGAUCAAUAUUUGAAACUGCAUUUAUUUUUUAUGAUCACGGUCGCAUUGGCUCGGGAUUUAUGCUGGAACUGCAAAAGUAAGUUUUGCUGAUCAAAUACAAUGUACGAUAUAAUAUAUAGUACAUAUAUUCUGUAAGAUAUAGGAGAUUGCAAGUUUACACUUGAAAGUAAUUAUCUGUAUUUAAUUCCUGAAAUUUCUGGUUAUUGUGCAUGUCCAUGCAGCAGAAGUUUUAUAUCAAGACUACUGAAA